CCUGGCCUAAGGUCAUGCCUGUAACUCGCCUGGCAUCUGUUUGGUUGCUACCCUGAGGAUUCUAGCCUGAUAAAUCUUGCCUGAGUGUACUCGCCUGAGUCAGGCGUACAAAAUGGGUGGCCUGAGCAUUUCGCUCCACCUGCCUGAGUAAAAUCACCGCUCUUCUAUACAGUAGUGAAAACGAGACCACUUCUUCCUCCUCCUCACUGCUAGCCUAGGGUUCUUGCGGAGACCAGUUCCCAUCGAUUCUUCCAUGGCUCCAGCAGCGGUGACCAAGGAACUUGCAGAUCUGGUGGCCAGUUGUUUCUUUUUCCAGUAAAAGUCCUGCAUUUGGUGAUCUGUUAGAGCAUAGCUCUGACCGUGAGAGCUAGCAGAUUGCCAAGCCCCCACAAUCUUUGCCACGAUUUUCUGCAGCAAGAUGGAUCUAGAUUCUACUCAUCAGUAUAUUGUCCAUCAACGAACUAGAACUUUGGGUGUUUUAGCUGUUGUGUUGGCAAUUAUUCACUGGCGAUGUCGUAUAAGAAAUAGACGACAUCCAAGGAAGUAUGGUCCAUUGGUGGAUAGAGAUUUGGUCAGGAAAACAAGAUUAGAUGAUUUGUACAAUGGGAGUGAUACAACUUGCAUCAGUCAGCUUCGGAUGAGGAAAGAAGUGUUCUGGAAACUUGCCUCCAAAUUACGUGAUAAUGGCCUACUAUGUGACACAAUCCAUGUCUCAGUGGAAGAACAAUUAGCUAUGUUCCUGCACACAGUUGGCCACAAUUUAAGAAAUCGUGUGAUUGGAUUCUAUGUCAUAAGAUCCAGUGAGACAGUGAGCCGGUACUUCAAUGAGGUGUUGAAAGCUUUAUGUUGUCUUGCUAAAGAUAUGAUACAAAUUAGGUCAAUAGAGACCCAUUCAAAGAUAGUUAGUAAUCCUGGUAGAUUCUACCCAUAUUUUGAGGUAUCUCACGUGAAAUAUACUUAUUCAACAUUCUAAUUAAUGUAACCACUUUAUGUUUGUAUAGUAAUAAUUUCUUCUAACUUAGGAUUGCAUCGGGGCAUUGGAUGGCACACACAUCCCUGCAUUUGUCCCAGAGAAUAUAGUUAACAGGUUUAGAGGUCGCAAGUCCUAUCCAACUCAGAAUGUUCUUGCUGCGGUUGACUUUGAUUUGAGGUUUACCUAUGUUCUUGUUGGAUGGGAGGGUUCCGCACAUGACUCAGUGGUUCUCAAGGCUGCUCUUAGAAGAUCAAGUGGAAUUCAAAUACCUGAAGGUGUGCAUGAAGCUUUAGUAUUUUCAGGUGCACAAUAUUUUGUGACAAGGCAAUAAAACCAUUCAUCUUCUGUUGUAGGCAAAUACUAUUUAGCUGAUGCAGGGUAUGCAGCAAGACCUGGUAUACUACCACCAUUUAGGGGUGUUCGAUACCACCUGAAAGAGUACGAAGGCGGGAAAUCACCAGAAACACCUCAAGAAUUAUUCAAUCUUCGACAUUCCUCCCUUCGCACAUCUGUUGAGAGAGCAUUUGGAACCUUAAAAAACCGUUUCAAAGUUCUUGCUAGCAAGCCUUUCUUUCCAUAUAAAGUCCAAGUGAAGAUAGUAAUAGCGUGUUGUGUACUGCAUAAUUGGAUCCUUGAUAAUGGUCCUGAUAACAUCAUAUAUGAUGAAGCUCGUUGGUAUAGUAAGCUACCUAGAUCAGCUAGAGUAGCGACAGAUUAUGGCGAGGAGCACCAACAGUGGAUAGAAUUUCGAGAAAAUCUAGCUAAUAUUAUGUGGGAGGAACAUUAACAGUGGUGUUGUAUGGCAUGGAUAUUGUUCUAUGACUGUUAGCUAUUUCUAAUGAAUUCUUCUUUCAGCUCUUCAUAUUAUAGCAUUUUCUACUUUAUGUUUUUUUGUUGGAUGCCAUUAUUACCUACUGUGCAUUGCUUUGUAGUUCAUAACAUGGAUAUAGGAGGAAGCAACAAACAUGGCAAGGGAAAAAGUAAGGCACGCAAAGGAGUUGGGGGAUCAGGUGUGAGGUCAAAACCCAUAAAUUGGCCACCAGCAUUCUCUGAAUUUCUUCUUGACUGUUACAUUGAAAAGAAGUUAGAGUUGCCACCAAAGGGAGUGAUCAAGAAGAUGCAUCACACUGCUUGCACAUCAGCUAUUAAUGCAAAGUAUGGCAGUACUUACAAUGUUGAUCAGGUUCAACGACACUAUAGGCACCAUAAAGAGACUUGGGCACUUGUAGCUCGCCAUCUAAAUGAGAGUAGUGGUGGCUGGGAUGAGACAAACAAAAUGUUGUCUCUCUCCCAAUCUACCUUGGAUAGCCUAUCGAUUAAUGACCGUGGAAUUCUUUCAAAGCCUAUUCAGUUCUUCGAUAAGCUGCAAGAGUUGUUUAGUGGUUCCUCGGCUGAUGGAGCGUUUAUGGAAGAUCCUUCAAGUGUUGCUGAUUUUGAUGAUGAAGCUGAUGAACUUGAUACUUUCAAUGAUAUGUCAACCUAUGCUGAAACAAAAUAUCCACAAGGGGAAGACUCGGACAAAUUAGAGGCAGACAGUGAUGAUUGCAAGGAGGUGGCAGCCCUUAAUGCAGCAACUGCAGCCCUUAAUGCAGCAACUAGUCAAGUUUCAUCUUCUCAUACCAGUGGUCUGAAGCCAAACAAGAAGAGUUUCAAAAAGUGUGGGAAGCCAAAGACCUUGCCUCAAUCACAUAAUGAUAAGGGUAAGCUUAAGGCAAAGUCAUCAUCUGGAUUGCAUGAUGAUGAUGAUAUUGAUGUGCUGAUCACUAGUACCUUGGUUGGAAUCAAAGAUAACCUUGCCAAACCAAUACAGACUGCAGCCCCUCAAGAUCCAAAUGCCCCUCUAUGGGACAUGCUCAAGAAGAUUGCCUUAGAACCUGAAGAUAAGAUGAGAGUUGGACUACACCUUUGCAAGCCAGAAUUUCAAGCUCAUCGCAGUUUUCUUAUUAGCAUGGGUCAAGAAUAUCUUGAACGUUGGGUUUACAAGUUCUUAUCUGGUGAUGAUACAGGCCUCUAGUGAGCUAUAGGUGCAUAUUGGUUGCAAAAGCUAAUCGUGGUUGAUGAGGGUCUAUAUUUUGCUGCACCCUUUUGGUCAUGCAAUUGCCGCACUAUAUAUGUGUUUAGACAAUUGCUAAAUAUUAACAUAGAUACUAUGAUGAUGCAUGCUAUGACAUGCUAAUCUGCUAGUAGUGUUGCUUUCUAACUUUUGGACAAGUUGAUAACCCUAGCUUUGUGGCCCUUUUCUUUUGUCUUGUUUAACUCGUGGCAUUACUGGCUAGAACUGAUCUGUAUGAUGGCUGAAACUUGAUGUUAAAUAUAUUCACUAUUUCCCUGUUGCCA